AUGAACACCCCCAACGCUCAGGCUGGCCCUUCGCGCCGAACGAAGCCUACGCUGCCAUUCAUAUCAGCCCAACAUCGCCCACCGCACAAUGACGGCAAGUUCCGAGUCGUGAUCGUCUCGACCGGAAGCGUGGCCAGCGUCAAGAUACCUGAAAUAGUUGGAGCCCUGAGCAGAAUACCUGAGAUUGAAAUGCAGAUUGUAGCGACGCAAGCGAGCUUGCAUUUCUAUGAUCAAGCAAAGGUGGACGCGGCUGUACAGGCGGAGGCUGCAGGCCAGGUGAACUCCAACGACCAAUCUAUCAUGGCUGUGGAUGGCGAUGUCGGUCCGUCAUCUGGGGGCGUUGGAGUCAGGGUAUGGAAAGACGAGGACGAGUGGUCGGACUGGAAGCAGAUUGGAGAUCCCAUCUUGCAUAUCGAGCUGAGGAGAUGGGCCGACCUCGUCGUCCUAUCAAUGAUGAGAGCUCUCAUGCCGGACGUACCGGUCAUCAUCUGUCCGGCGAUGAACACACACAUGUAUCAACACCCGCUGACCGCCGACCACCUCAAGACUGUGCAGGAGAAGCUGAAGUAUAUGGUCAGCGGGCCACAAGGAGCGGGCGUCCUAGCUUGUGGUGAUGAAGGACCAGGCAAGAUGACGGACUGGCGAGACAUCGUAACGAUGGUCGAGAACUACGGCGCCAUCCCAUACCCGGACGACCGCCAGCGCUAA